AUGGAGAUGCAAAUGGGUGAUUUUGACAGCGGCUCGGUGAAGGUGGCCGAGUGGCAGCAGACCAUGUACGGACUGGACUCCGGCAUCCAGUCCGGGGCCAACACCUACAGGGAGGACGAGGACUACAGCACCACCAAGCACUACACGGUGACCACCACCGUCACAUCCGACCACCCCGACUUGGAUGCCCAGUACUCGAUGACCAGAGCCCAGCGGGUGCGAGCCGCCAUGUUCCCGGAGACGCUGGAGGGGGGAACCACCAUCCUGUCCACUCAGACCGACCAGGGCCAGAUGACCAACGUCCAGCGGCUGGCCGAGCCCUCGCAGAUGCUGAAGACCGCCAUCAUCCACCUGAUCAACUACCAGGACGACGCCGAUCUGGCCACGCGGGCCGUGCCCGAGCUCACCAAGCUGCUCAACGACGAGGACCAGGUGGUGGUGAGCAAGGCGGCGCAGAUCGUCAACCAGCUGACGCGCAAAGAGGCGUCCCGCCACGCGCUGAUGCAGUCGCCCCAGAUGGUGGCGGCGGUUGUCCGGGUGAUGCAGAACACCAGCGACAUGGAGACGGCGCGGGCCACAGCCAGCAUCCUCCACAACCUGUCCCACCAGAGGGAGGGGCUGCUCGCCAUCUUCAAGUCGGGAGGGAUCCCCGCUCUCGUUCGCAUGCUCAGCUCCCCCAUUGAGUCGGUGCUCUUCUACGCCAUCACCACCAUCCACAACCUGCUGCUGCACCAGGAGGGAGCCAAGAUGGCCGUGCGCCUGGCCGACGGGGUCCACAAGAUGGUGCCCCUGCUGAAGAAGACCAACCCCAAAUUCCUGGCCAUCACCACAGACUGCAUGCAGCUGCUGGCCUACAACAACCAGGAGAGCAAGGGUCUGGUCCACAUCAUGAGGAACUACAACUACGAGAAGCUGCUGUGGACGACGAGCCGCGUGCUCAAAGUGCUCUCCGUGUGCCCCAGCAACAAACCCGCCAUUGACGGCCUGGACAGCCUGCUGCAGCUGCUGGUGGGCUACCUGCGGUCGGACGACCUGCACAUGCUGACCUGCGCCACGGGCAUCCUGUCCAACCUCACCUGCAACAACGCCCACAACAAGUCCCUGGUCACCCAGUCCAACGGCGUGGAGGCGCUGAUCCACACCAUCCUGCGCGCCGGCGUGAAGGAGGACGUGACGGAGCCGGCCGUGUGCGCCCUGAGGCACCUGACCUCCCGCCACCAGCAGGCCGAGCUGGCCCAGAACGCCGUCAGGAUCCACUACGGCAUCCCCGCCAUCGUCCAGCUGCUGAACCAGCCCUACCACUGGCCCGUCAUCAAGGCUGUGGUGGGCCUGAUCCGUAACCUGGCCCUGCUCCCAGAGAACCAGGCCCCCCUGAGAGACGCGGGGGUCAUCCCCCGCCUCGGCAACCUGCUCAUCAUCUCCCACAAGCAGGCCCAGAAACUGGACCCCUCCAACACCAACCAGCAGAACUUCCAGGAUGGAGUCAGGAUGGAGGAGAUUGUGGAGGGCUGCACAGGAGCUCUGCACAUCCUGGCCAGAGAUCCCAUCAACAGAGCGGAGAUCGGCAACCUCGAGAUCAUUCCUCUGCUCGUCCAGCGCGUGGCGGCCGGCGCCCUGUGUGAGCUGGCCCAGGACCGGGCGGCGGCCGACCUGAUGGACCAGGAGGGAGCCUCGCCCCCGCUGAUGGAGAUGCUGCACUACGACAACGAAGGCAUCGCCACUUACGCUGCAGCUGUGCUCUUCCGCAUGUCCGAGGAUAAGAACCCGGAGUUCAAGAAGCGCAUGUCUGUGGAGCUCACCCACACCCUGUUCAAGCACGACCCCACUGCCUGGGAGAUGGUGAGUGUGUGGCGCCCCCUGCUGCCCGGAGGCAAAACACCACAAGUCCUUAACCGGGUUCUUCCCGUUUUGACUUUAGCAGUACAGAGCGGAGGAGGCGCUGAUGUGGAGUUCAGUGGGACAAAGAGGAGGCGU